AUGGUAAGUACUCGAUAUCGUAACACGGACGAAUCCGAUCGCAACAAACUGGGCGGGGCUACUGAUUUCAGUGAUCAGGACAAGGAUAAGAACGUGAAACUAGAAGAUCGCAAGGAGGCUAAGUUCCGUCGACGACAAAGAGCUUUGGCUGGCUCCUCUUAUCUACCCCUCAACUCGCGAUUGCUUGAAGAGACCUUGAAGAACAUGCCCGCAGAAGAUAUCGAUGGAGAAGUCGAGGAAGUUCCUCAAACACACCACAAAUUAUCAUGGAGUAGUCCCUUGAUCAGACAGUUCUACGACAAACUAGGACAACAGAACACGAAAUGA